AUGUUCCUAUCCAAGGCCAAGGUGGCAGAUGCUUCUGCCGAUCUUACACCGCUCCCUCUUCCGCUAGGCAUCACUUCGCGUCAGAUCCCGGACACCGCUUGCGGUCUCUCCUUUCACAUUCUGGAGGCAGGGUUCGACUCGACCCGCACCAAACCACUCAUCCUCCUACUGCACGGCUACCCUGAGCUCGCAUACUCUUGGCGAAAAAUCAUGCACCCGCUCUCGUCGGCUGGAUUCUACGUAGUUGCCGUGGACCAGCGUGGCUACGGUCGAACCACAGGCUGGGAUGAUUCGCCAUACUCUACUGUUGACUUGUCCCAGUUCACCAUGACGCGACUGGUCGGAGAUAUGCUGGUGCUGGUUUCGGCUCUCGGAUACACUGAGGUUCGAUGCGUCGUCGGCCAUGACUUCGGAGCAGUCAGUGCAAGCUUCUGUGCGUUGAUGAGGCCUGAUGUGUUCAAGAGUGUGGUUAUGAUGAGCCAUCCAUUCAAACCUCCGCCGUCUCUUCCGUUCAAUACUGCGAAUCAAUCGCCAUCGGAGCAAACGCAAGGAGAUACGAUAGUUGGACGAGACAUUCAAGGAGAACUUGCAUCGCUCGAUCCUCCCCGCAUGCACUACAAGUGGUACAACAGCACGGCACAAGCAGCACAGGACUGGGAUAAUCCACCCCAGGGCCUGAAGGAAUUCCUGCGGGGAUACUUUCACCUCAAGAGUGCAGACUGGGCAGUUAACAAGCCAUACCCGCUGAGCGAAUGGAAUGCAUCAGAGCUGGCCAAGAUGCCUGAAUACUACGUCAUGCCGCUUUCGGCCAGUAUGCCUGACGUUGUGUCGUCUAACAUGGCCAACGAGGACGCACGUGCAACUGAGAAGUGGUUGUCAGACGAGGACCUUGCGGUGUACGUGAGCGAAUGGGAGCGGAAUGGUUUCCAGGGCGCGCUUAAUUGGUAUCGGUGUCAGACCGACCCGAAACAGACGCGAGAUCUCCAUCUGUUCGUGGGGAAGAAGAUCGAUGUUCCGAGCGAAUUCGUGACAGGGACGGCCGACUGGGGGAAUUACCAGGUGCCUGGAGCACUGGAGAGCUUCCCGAAAAGCUGCAGCGACUUCAGAGGAGUUUCGUUUGUGGACAAUGCCGGCCAUUGGCCCCAGCAAGAGCAGCCGCAGAUCGUCGUGGAGAAGAUCCUAAGAUUUGUGACGAGCUUGUAG